GGGGCGGGGCGACGCGCUGGGGACGCUCGGCCGGCCGUUCCGGAAGGAGCCCGGGCGCGGCGUGGACAUGGGGAAACAGAAGAAGACCAGGAAGUAUGCGACCAUGAAGCGAAUGCUCAGUCUCCGAGACCAGAGGCUGAAAGAAAAGGACAGAUUAAAACCUAAAAAGAAAGUAAAGAAAGAUCCCAGUGCACUUAAAGAAAGAGAAGUCACCCAGCACCCUUCCUGUUUAUUCUUCCAAUAUAACACACAGCUGGGCCCACCGUACCAUAUCCUGGUUGAUACCAACUUCAUCAACUUCUCCAUUAAAGCCAAAUUGGACCUAGUACAAUCAAUGAUGGACUGUCUGUAUGCCAAGUGUAUCCCUUGUAUAACUGACUGUGUCAUGGCGGAGAUUGAAAAAUUGGGGCAGAAGUAUCGAGUAGCUCUCAGGAUUGCCAAGGAUCCAAGAUUUGAACGACUACCAUGCACACACAAAGGAACCUACGCAGAUGACUGCUUAGUACAAAGAGUAACUCAGCACAAAUGUUAUAUUGUGGCCACUGUUGACCGAGACCUUAAAAGAAGAAUUCGAAAGAUCCCCGGAGUUCCCAUCAUGUACAUUUCUAAUCAUAGGUACAACAUUGAGCGGAUGCCGGAUGAUUACGGAGCCCCUCGAUUCUAGUUCUUGAAGACAAAAGUUCUGCCUGCCUUCAACUUUCUUUGUUGCUGGUUCACUAAACAUGCUCUAGCAUGUCUAUAAAUUAUCAUUCCACUCACCCGUUUGCUCUAUUAUGAGCUGAGAAUGGUUAAGUACAUUCACUUUUUGAUGUUUUGAAAAUACUUUGGGAGCCAGAGUGAUAGUACAGUGAGUAGCACAUUUGCCUCAAACGCAGCCAACCUAAGUUUGAUUCCUUGCACGAAGGUCAACCUAGGUUUGACACCACAUGGUCCUCCUAGCCCACCAGGAAGUGAUCUCUGGACACAGAGCCAGGAGUAAGCCCUAAGAACAGCAGGUGUGGCCUAAAAAACAAAAAACACAAUGAAAAUGUUAUUUUGUAUCAUUACAAAUUUUGUUUGCAUAUUUUUAUAAAUCCUGGUUGCUUACAUAAAUUGCUGGUUUUAUAUUGAAUCGCUCAA